AUGAGUCCGGUGAGACAUUGGUGUGCAGCUUUUCCAUCAUUCAGUACAAACGCUAACUUUUGUGCAGAAACUCGAAAGUCCUGUUCCGUAGAAGCGCACGUUUCAUGUAAACUAAAAAAGAUAAUCAGUCAUUCAUUCUCCAGCGGUUCAAAACUUUCGCGUCAAUUGCAACAACCUCAUGUCACAUUGGUUGAGUAUAAGUCUGCUCAUUUUCUGAUUACUGAUGAACCUAAUACAUGCAAUAUGGAAAAUUUUGUGAUGGUUUGUAAACUACACAAUGUGCGCAAGUUGGUUCGUGUGUGUAAACCUACCUACGAUAAAGAACCGCUGGAAAGUGCUGGAAUUGAAGUUGUCGAUCUGGAAUAUGAUGAUGGUGCACCUCCUCCGGAUCUUAUCAUCGAUAAAUGGUUUCAACUGAUCAUGGAUGUGUAUCAACAAGGUUUAGGAAGUUGUAUAGCUGUGCAUUGUAAAGCUGGAUUGGGCAGAGCUCCUGCUUUGGUUGCUGCUGCUCUAAUUGAACUUGGUCUACCAUAUGACGAAGCAGUAGAAAUGAUCCGGGGACAAAGAAAUGGAGCUUUAAAUGCCCGUCAAAUUCAGUACUUGAAAAAUUUCCGUCCAAGAAAACGCCUACGAAAUAUCAAGUCACAAUCUGAUCGAUGUCAGAUCUUAUGA